CACAUUCGUCUGCACAUGGAAGGCGCGCUGACUGCCCGGGACAAGGUCGGGGUGCAGGAUUUUGUGCUGUUGGAUGCCUACACCAGUGAAUCUGCUUUUCUGGACAAUCUUCGCAAGCGUUUCAGCGAGAACCUCAUCUAUACAUAUAUUGGGACCCUCCUUGUGUCUGUGAACCCAUACCAGGAGCUUGGAAUCUACACUGUGAGCCAGAUGGAACUUUAUCAAGGGGUCAAUUUCUUUGAACUGCCACCGCAUGUCUACGCCAUAGCUGACAACGCUUACCGCAUCAUGUGCUCUGAGCUAAAUAACCACUUCAUCCUCAUUUCUGGAGAGAGCGGGGCAGGGAAAACGGAGGCCUCCAAGAAGAUUCUCCAGUAUUUUGCAGUGACCUGCCCAAUGACUGAGUCACUACAAAUAGCCCGUGACAGACUGCUACUCUCCAAUCCAGUGCUGGAGGCUUUUGGAAAUGCCAAAACACUCCGGAAUGACAACUCCAGCAGAUUUGGAAAAUACAUGGACAUACAGUUUGACUUUAAGGGCAUUCCUGUAGGCGGGCAUAUCAUCAGUUACUUGAUAGAAAAGUCUCGAGUCGUCUAUCAAAAUCAGGGUGAGCGGAAUUUCCACAUCUUCUACCAGCUGCUAGAGGGUGGAGAAGAGGAGCUCCUUGCUUACCUGGGACUUGAGCGAGACCCCCAGCUGUAUAAAUACCUCUCACAGGGCCACUGUGCCAAAGAGUCGUCUAUUAAUGACAAGAACGACUGGAAAACUGUUUCCAAUGCCUUUUCUGUCAUCGAUUUUACUGAAGAUGAUCUUGAGAAUCUCUUUGGAAUUAUUGCCAGUGUCCUACACCUGGGGAACAUCUGUUUUGAAGAGAACCAGCAAGGCUGUGCCUCCAUACCAGACACCCACGAGAUCAAACGGAUUGCCAAGCUCCUAGGGGUCCACCCAUGGGUCCUUCUGGAAGCUCUCACCCAUAGAAAGAUUGAAGCCAAAACGGAGGAGGUGAUAUGCCCAUUGACGCUAGAACUCUCUGCCUACGCUAGAGAUGCAAUGGCAAAGGCCGUUUAUGGACGAACAUUUACUUGGCUGGUCAACAAAAUCAAUUCCUCCUUAGUGAACAAGGAUUUCACUGGGAAAACUGUGAUUGGAUUGCUGGAUAUCUAUGGGUUUGAAGUCUUUGACAAGAAUGGUUUUGAACAGUUCUGUAUAAAUUACUGCAAUGAGAAACUCCAGCAACUAUUAAUUGAGAGAACCCUAAAAGCGGAACAGGCAGAAUAUGAAAUGGAAGGUAUAGAGUGGGAGCCAAUUCAGUAUUUCAACAACAAGAUCAUCUGUGACUUGGUAGAAGAGAGACACAAAGGAAUCAUUUCCAUUCUGGAUGAAGAAUGUAUUCGUCCUGGUCCUGCUACAGACUUGAGUUUCCUGGAGAGAUUGGAAGAGAAAGUGGGCAAGCACGCACACUUCCAAACCCAGAAGCUGGCAGGUCCAAAGGGCAGAAAGAGGAUUGGCUGGAUGGAGUUCCGGCUCUUCCACUAUGCGGGAGAGGUCACAUACUGCACCGAGGGAUUCUUGGAAAAAAACAAUGAUCUCCUCUACAGACAUCUGAAAGAAGUGCUGUGCAGGUCCAAAAACAGAAUCCUGAAGGAGUGCUUCCGGGUGGCCGAGUUAGAAAACCGGAGAAGGCCACCAACAGUGGGGACUCAGUUUAAAAACAGUCUGAGCAGCCUUCUGGAAAUUCUCAUCUCUAAGGAACCUUCGUACAUCCGUUGCAUCAAGCCCAACGAGAGUAAAGAACCCAGCAAGUUCGAUGACUUCCUCAUAAGGCAUCAGGUCAAGUACCUGGGGCUGAUGGAGCACCUGCGGGUGAGACGGGCCGGCUUUGCGUACCGACGGAAAUACGAGCAUUUCUUGCAAAGGUACAAGUCCUUGUGCCCAGACACCUGGCCGCACUGGCACGGGCCUCCAGCAGAGGGCGUAGAGCGGCUGAUCAAGUACAUUGGCUACGAACCCGAGGAGUACAAGUUAGGGAGAACCAAAAUAUUCAUUCGCUUCCCCAGAACUCUGUUUGCUACUGAAGAUGCCUUUGAAUUUAGUAAACAUCAAUUAGUUGUGAGAAUCCAAGCCACGUACAAAGGCUGCCUGGAAAGGAGAGCAUACGUGAGAAAAAGACAAGCAGCCAUUAAACUUGAAGCCCACUGGCGUGGAGCCCUGGCUCGGAAGGAGGCCAAAAGGAGAAAGUGGGCUGUGCAGAUUAUAAGAAAGUUCAUAAAGGGAUUCAUCAAUCGCAACAAGCCCCUCUGUCCUGACAAUGAGGAGUUCAUCGUGUUCGUGCGGAAGAAUUACAUCUUGAAUCUUCGGUAUCAUGUCCCAAAGAACGUCUUGGACAAGAGCUGGCUGAGGCCUCCUGGCAUCUUGGAAAAUGCAUCGAAUCUGCUCAGGAAAAUGUGCAUGAGGAACCUGGUCCGGAAGUACUGCCGAGGGAUCACAGCCGAGAGGAAAGCCCUGAUGCAGCAAAAGGUGGUUACAAGUGACAUGUUCAGGGGAAAGAAAGAAGGCUAUGCAGAAAGCUUAAAUCAACCCUUUGCCAACAGCCGAAUAGAUGAAGGAGACAUUAAUCCCAAAGUGCUUCAACUCAUCAGCAGUGAGAAAAUCCAGUACGGUAUCCCGGUCAUUAAAUACGACAGGAAAGGCUUCAAGACACGGCAGAGGCAACUCAUUCUCACUCAGAAAGCAGCUUACGUGGUGGAACUUGCCAAAAUCAAGCAGACAAUAGAGUACCCUGCGCUCAAAGGUGUCUCUACCAGCAGCUUCAGCGACGGAAUCUUAGUCAUUCACAUUUCCCCAGAAGACAACAAGCAAAAGGGGGAUGCCGUCUUACAGUGCAAACACAUAUUUGAGGCAGUUACUAAACUCGUCAUGCUGGUUAAGAAGGAGAACAUUGUAAAUGUUGUUCAGGGAAGUUUACAGUUUUAUAUUAGUCCUGGAAAAGAAGGCACAAUAGUUUUUGACACCGGACCAGAAGAACAAAUCUAUAAAGAUAAAAACGGACAGUUAACAGUGGUGAGUGGCCGUGUCUGGGGAGGGGGAGGUGUAAGCAGUUUUAAAUAA